AUGGGCUUCGACCGUGGUGGCAGAGGCGGCCCCAGAGGCGGCGGCAGAGGAGGCAGUUUCCGCGGUGGUGAUCGUGGUGGUCGCGGCGGAGCGAGAGGCGGCCGUGGUGGUGGCCCUGGCGGUCGUGGUGGCCCUGCUGGCCGUGGACGCGGCGGUCCUGGGGGUCGCGGUCGGGGAGCUCCUCGUGGCGGCCGUGGUGGCAAGCCCGGCGGCGCAAAGGGCGGCAAGAAAGUUAUCGUCGAGCCCCAUCGUCAUAAGGGCGUGUUCGUCGCGCGUGGUGGAAAGGAAGAUUUGCUGGCUACCGCUAACCUGGUUCCUGGUGAAUCCGUCUACGGCGAGAAGAGGAUCUCGGUCGAGAACGCUGCCAAGAGUGAGGAUGCUGUUGCCACAAAGACCGAGUACCGCAUUUGGAAUCCUUUCCGGAGUAAGCUUGCCGCCGGUAUCCUUGGUGGUUUGGAGACGAUAUACAUGAAGCCCGGUUCCAAGGUGCUGUACCUCGGUGCUGCCUCGGGUACCUCAGUGUCGCACGUUGCCGAUAUUGUCGGGCCAACUGGCGCUGUCUACGCUGUCGAGUUCUCGCAUCGUUCCGGCAGGGAUCUCAUCAACAUGGCGACACGCCGCACCAAUGUUAUCCCGAUUGUCGAAGACGCCCGCAAACCGAUGGCUUACCGGAUGCUGCUCCCGAUGGUUGAUGUCAUCUUCGCCGAUGUUGCCCAGCCCGAUCAAGCCAGAAUUGUUGGUAUCAACGCGAGGCUGUUCUUGAAGCAGGGUGGAGGCCUUCUCAUCUCUAUCAAGGCUAGUUGCAUUGACAGCACUGCACCCCCUGAGCAGGUAUUUGCCAGCGAAGUCCAGAAACUCCGCGAAGACAAGUUCUUCCCGAAGGAGCAGCUUACUCUCGAGCCGUACGAGCGUGACCACGCAAUGGUGUCUUGCGUCUACCUGCAGAAGGAGUUCGAGGCUAAUUGA